CUGCUGACAACAAAACUUUAUAAUCAGCCCUGGCUCACAACGCUAGAAAAGAUUAGACGGAGCGGAUUUGCAAGUUGCUCUCUUGCUUGUCAGCCCUUUGCUCUUGUUUACUUAUGUUCUUCCAAACACGUCUACCUAUGAACGUGUUUAAUUUACGAGGCUUUCCUUUUUCUUUUAUGAUUGUUUACAUUUCAAUGUAGCAUGAUUAUGUUAAGUUCUUUUGAAGAAGGAGGAAAAGAACAAUGAAGUGUGUACCGUGAGCGCAACUUAUCACUCUUACCUUUCUCCACCUGUGAUUACUUUAAUAGGACAAUACAGGUGUGAUAAAUAUGGCGACGGAUAGGCUCUCGUCUUUAGACUUGGCUACUGUAAACUUCGAUGAAGAUAUAUAUUGCAAAAGGACUUCUACUGAAUCAAACAAACAUUUAUCGGAACCAUGGAGUGCAGUAUCUGCGACCACAAUGGGUCAUACUGAAGACGACAACGAAGUUCAACAGCUUUUAGCUCACAGUAGCAGCUCUUCAAUACCUUUAUGUUAUAAAGGACCUUACAACUGGAUCAGUAGCUGCAGUGGUGCUCAUGAUAAAAACUGUAACGGAACCAGCAAUUCAUCUUUGUUAAGUGCCAAUUACUCACCUCUUCCCCUUUCAACUAAUGUUUUCCGAACCACCCGAAGCCGCCACGGAUCCUGUGGUUCAAACUCGACAUUAGUUUUAAUUGGUUUGGCUAUUCUAAUUAUUUUCCUUAUGGGAUUAUUAAUCGGUUAUUACGUUCGCGUUGGUUCACAUAGCACUGAAAAUGAGAGACAACCUCUUUUGGGAUCAUCCGAGGAUUAUUUGGACACGACAGAAAAUAAAAAGAUUUGUCUUCAGAAAUGUCACCUGGAUUCCAAACUGUCCGAUCUUUGUUCUAACAGACAUCUCGAGUCCAUACACGGAAAUAUCAUGUAUUAUAUUAAUGGAAACCGUAUGAUGGAUCUUAUUAGGGAUUUUCCAAAACAGCUUCCACAACAGCCAAGAAAGGACUAUGAUAAUCAAUUCAGGGAUUACAUUCAAAAGAAAUUUUACCAAGUUGGACUUGACAAAGUUGAAGUUCUUACAUACAAUGUUCUAGUUACUACCCCGGAUGUAAAAGAACCUAAUUAUAUGGAGAUUGUUAAUGGGAAAGGACAAGUUCAGUUGAGUGCCCAAUUGAAAACCUUAAAUUCUGACAGCAGUUCCAUCCCUAAAAUUUCUUCUAAGACUAAAGCAAACCAUGUUGAACAAGAUGAACACAGCUACAUGUUUGAGACAAGUAGCGAUAACUUCAAAGGUUUAUUGUAUUAUGCCAAUUAUGGGAGGUCAGUUGACUUUACUUACCUAAAUAAACUGAAAGUCACCCUCAAUGACCAGAUUGCAAUAAUACGAACAGGCAAGAUACCAAUUUCAAAGAAGAUAUAUAAUGCUCAAAUGGCUGGACUACGCGGAGUUCUGUUAUACACUGACCCAGAAAGUAACACUGAGGCACGUUGGCUUGCUGAAAACUAUCCAAAAUCUGACAGCUAUACUAUUUCAUAUAUCUCAUCAGAUGAAUUUAAUUUUUCAGAUUUGAAUGAAAGUGGCAAUAAGUCUUUGCUUGUAUACAAUAUUUCUGCUGCACUUGCUCUGAGGAUUUUUACCACUCUUGCUGAUACAACUGCAGCACCGAUAUCAUGGUGGGGAAGUUUAAACACUACAUACAACAUUGGAAUCAGCCACUCAGUUGAGGGGCACAACACUUUAUAUCUCAAGUUCAAUUCUUGUUUGAAAAGCCACACUGUGUCCAAUGUUGAAGGAACUCUCUAUGGAAAAACCAAACCAGAUGAGAUGGUAUUAGUUGGAACUCAGCGGCUCUAUGGAACGGCUGAAUCAGAAACUUCACUCACUUUAAACAGUUCAGUUUCCAGUCUUUUCCAAAUGGCCAGUUUGUCAAGCACUGCUAUGUUACUGGAGUUAAUAUACAGUCUUUUGCAUGUUCGCAAAUUAGAAGGAUGGCAUCCACAGCGAACCAUCAAGUUUUAUUCAUGGGGUACUGUUACAGGCAGCGAUGAAGUUGGGAUCCAAGAAUAUCUGAAGAGAAACAGUUUUAUCUUGAAUAGUCGUGGUGUUGGUUAUGUGGAUCUGAUGGAUAAGGCAGGAAAAUGGUGUAACCAUUUUACAGCACACACAGACAACAUGGCAACAGCUCUCAUUCUGAAAGCCAUGAAUAUGGUUCCUGAUCCUGACGAAAGAGAACUGAGUAUAUUAGCUACCACUUUCUACCAGAAACCCAAUCUUCCACUUCCUUUAACUUCAAAUGGUAUAUUAGUGCCAUUAAGUGACACACACACUGAAAUUAUGAGUAAAUGGCUUCCCAGUAUUCAGUUCACCUGUAAAUAUGCACCUGAAACUGCUAAGAAGCCGAAGGAGAUAAAAACAGAACCUGAUAGCAGCCACCAUUUUCGCUACCACACGGCGGUAGCUCGAGUUAGCUCCCUUGUAUUGUUGAGUUUAUCUGAUGGCCCAGGGAAUGCUUACAGCCUGCUAGACCUGGUGACUGCUGUUGAACAACAAGUUGGUUCUCUUGUCGAGAAAUGCCGUACUUUCCACACUCUUUCAUUUAAUGCCCUUAGUGAUGCUAUGUCAAAAAUGUUGUCAUUAGUUGGUACUAUCAAUCAUCCAGCAUCAAUUAAACAUUCAAAUAUUCCACCGAAGAGUAACAAGUUCAAUAAAAAAUCAUCCCAUGGUCAGUGGUUAAAAAAAGAUUGUCAACAGGAAUCAUUGGUAUUGCAUAAAAUAUUGGCUCCACUCACCAGGUUGAAUGAUACUUCUACCACUCUGGAAUCUCUGCUAUCUUUGGCACCUUCUCUGAAAACUGGUUCCACGGCUAUUCAUUGCACCCAACCAGUUCUAGAGGCCAUUACAACUCGUUUAUAUCAAGCUUGGAAUACUCUCACCAACUGAGAACUUAAUUUCUUUUUAUUCUAGUGAAGGCAUUUAGUCUUAUUCCUAAAUGCAAUAUAUCUACUUGCCUCACGCUUCAUCUUUAACUGGCUUAUUACACAAGACAAUGCAAAUCGAUUCUGAAACAGAAGUGAAUACCUGAAUCUGAUUGC